AGUGGGCAGCGUUGUUUAACUGAAGCUGACGAUCAAAAUGUCGAGCGCGUUGCUCACUGUGGUCAGUCUGUGUGCUGCUCUGUGCGGCGCCCAGCAGCUGAGGGACCCGUGGCUAACGGCCCAGGAUAAUAACUCGCCGAAUUUCUUGCAGCAACCAUAUAAUGCGCCACACCAGGGUCGCGUUUUCCCACAGCAACCAUCUCGAGAUGUGUAUCCGCUCGCUUGGCAGUCUGUACCGACCGUCUCUGAGGUCCUCCAGCGCUGUGAGGUGGGCGACUCUGCCCGGGUGGGUUGUGGAGAAGCAGGCAUUACUCCAGUGGCCUGUGAGGCUCUAAACUGCUGUUAUGACAAGAGACAGUAUAUUCGAGCCCCUGAUGGACCCCUAUGUUACUAUGGAAAGGGGGUCACUGUACAGUGCACCGAGGAUGGGCAGUUUGUGGUGGUUGUGGCCAGAGAUGCCACUGUGCCUCGGAUCAGUCUGGAAAGCAUCGUGUUGGAGGCUGCUGGUGAACUCUGCUCUGCUGUUGACAGCAAUACUGAAUAUGCCAUCUACCAGUUUCCAUUCACCUCCUGUGGUACCAGGAUGAAGGUGGAAGGUGACUACAUUAUUUAUGAGAACAGGAUGGUGUCUACAUAUGAAGUGGGAGUUGGUCCUCGGGGAGCCAUCACAAGGGACAGCUUGUAUGAGCUAACAUUCCAGUGCUUAUAUCUGGCUACAGCAGUGGUGCCUCUAGAGGUGGAGGUGAACACGGUUCCUCCCCCUCUACCAGUCUUUGAACAGGGUCCUUUGCAAGUGGAACUCAGGCUUGCCAAUGGUGUCUGUGCCACUAAAGGGUGUUCUGAAGAGGAGAUAUACAGCUCCUACUACACAGAGGCUGACUACCCUGUGACUGUGAUGCUGAGGGAUCCAGUAUAUGUGGAGGUGCGCAUACUGGGGCGAACUGAUCCAAACCUUGCCCUUGUACUGAAUCGCUGCUGGGCCACUUCUAGCCCACACCCCUCAAGCUUGCCUCAAUGGGACCUGCUGCUUAAUGGGUGUCCUGAUGUUGACGACCAUUACCUGACCACUGUGCUGCCAGUCAGCCAGUCAUCUGGCCUGCCGUGCCCAACCCACUACAAACGCUUCAUCAUGAAGAUGUUUGCCUUUGUGGACGAGACUUCCCUUUCUCCUUUACAGGACCAGAUCUUCAUCCACUGUACCACAGCAGUAUGCCAGCUGUCUGAUACAGAGACCUGUGAACCAAGAUGUGGCAGGAGAAGAAGAGCUGUUCCACCCACACAGGAUUUGGAGACUGGAGUCCUAGUGUCCAGUGGUGAGGUCCGCUUUAUUGCAGACAUGCCCAUUUCUGCUAAAAUCCAAGCAGACAGUGAUGGAGAAGUGUCUCAGGGGUUCAGCUAUGGGCUGGUUGGAGUAGCUGUGCUUGCUGUGUUGAGCAUCUGUGGACUGCUUAUUGCUCUAUUCAGGCAGAGGUCUGGGGGCAAGGAUGUGAUUUUGACGACAAGACUGUGAUGAAUAAAGUGGCUUCAUUUCAA